AUGCCGCCGCAAUUGCAGCAGACGGCAUCGAAUCUCAGGUCGAUCCACCUGCUGCGCGCGCUCCUCCGCGAGGCCUCGUACCUGUCUGACGCGCACGCCCGCCAGUACUUCCGCCGCUACAUCGUGAACCGCUUCCGCGCCUACCAGCCGACCCACAAUGCCACCGCUUCGAUACACGCGCAGGCCGUUGACAAGCUCCGGCAUCGGGGCUUCAGGCGACGGCACAUAUCCAUAAUCAACGAGCGCACGCGGGCGAUGCAAAGGAAGGCGCAGAAGGGCUUAAACUACCUUCGACGCGCGAAUCUAGCAGAGGCACCAUGUCUUGAGAAGAUCUUGCUGUUCACAUAUGGUCGCAUGGGAAGGAGGAAAUACGCGCUGUUGGAGCACCUUCUGAGACCGGAUGCUGUGGCCAAGGACACGACUGAAGAGGGCGCUGCCGACGAAGAACUCGCUCCGCUGCAGAAGCUCUACUAUAGCAACGAGCGCUUCCUGUCCUUCUUCGACGCCCCAAAGCAGAAAUCUAACACGGAGUACGUCAUCGACAUCUCGGACCGCUACUCCAGGUUGAAGGCAGUAGUAAAGUCGCAGUGUCAAAAUGGCGUUGCCCUUGGUAGGGGUUUGAAGCGACCUAACCUUGUGACGCCCAUCUACAAUGUCUGGCAGCGUCCGAUGCCUGUCAAGAGAGCGCGAAACAACGUGAGGAGAUGGUACGCCGAGACGAUGACCAGGCUGCUUCCACCGCUGCCUGACGAGGAGUGGGAUUCCAUUCAGGCCAUGAUUUCCGGAAAGAAGUGGAUAAGCUUCGUUAAGACGCGUACGCGAGCCGUCCCGCUUGACCCCGAGCCCAGACAGGAGGAGGACCAAUUCAAGACUUUAGUCCAUGACGCUCUUGCGCUGGACAAGCCGAGCAAGGCCGACCGGCCAGCAGGCGUCGACCGACCUCACACCCUCAAUCCGCGCUUCAUGCAGCGACUGUACGCAAAGAUCCACACCUACUGUUGCAAGCUAGAAUGGAACGAUGAGCGCAACAAGUGGGUAGCUGUGUGGGGUAGUCCGCUUCAUGGGUUGAGUCCUCGCCUCUACUCCACUCCUGUGGACGCCACUCUCUUUGCCGGAGUGGACGAGGAGGGGAAUGUGGUCAAAGCACCAGCAGAGCCACUACCCAAAGCCCAAAACGAAGAGAAAGCGCGCCAGCAAUAUGGGCGGUUUCCCUUCUAUGCCGACUUCUUGUCCCCGGACCAUCCAGUUCGGAAAGAGGCAGAGGCUUUCCGGCACCAGCGCAGCCAAUCGGCGGCGGCUCGGGCCGGCGGUGACUAG